UAAAGACAUGGUCAAACAAUUACGCAGAGUCGUGAUUGUAAUUGUCAAACAAGAACAAAAUGAACUAAAAAAAUCACCUGUCUCUCUCUACCCAUGUCUGUUCUGUUCCAAGUCAAACCCCGCUCGCUCCUCCUCCAUCUUCCACUGCAUCCCAAUACUCUCUCUCCUCACACCCACAAAAUUUAGAGAGAGAGAGAGAGAGAAUGAAGCCACCACCAUCAACAGUAUUCCCAGUCUUGUUCUGUCUUUUCAUCAUCUUCUUCUUCUGUAUCCUCAUCUCAGCAGAUAUAUCUCCUGGUUCAACCCUCUAUGCUUCAAACCCUAACCAAACUUGGAAUUCCCCAAACACCACCUUCUCUUUCGGCUUCAUCUCCUCCGGCGGCGGCGCAGCCUUCUUCGCCGCCAUCACCUACAACGGCAUCCCCGUCUGGAUCGCCGGCGCCUCCGACCCCGGCGGCGGCGCCUCCGAUUCCUCCGCCUCCCUCCAAUUCCUCGUUGACGGCAACCUCCGCCUCGUCAACGGCUCCUCCUCCACCGCCGUCGUCUGGCAGUCCAACACCGCCGGCCACGGCGUCUCCUCCGCCGCCCUCCACGACUCAGGUAACUUCGUCCUCCGAAACGCCACCGUUUCUGUGUGGUCCACCUUCGAUAACCCUACUGAUACAAUCUUACCCUCACAAAACUUCACGGUUAACAAAGCAUUGCGAUCUGGGUUGUACUCUUUUAGUCUUCUUAGCUUUGGAAACUUGACUCUCAAAUGGAAUAACACUAUUCUGUACUGGAAUUUGGCUUUGAAUUCAUCAUUUCAUUCAAACUUAACAUCACCCAAUUUAGUUCUUCAAUCAAUUGGUGCAUUGUCACUACAUGAUCAAUCGCUUUCGAGACCUGUGGCCAUGGUUUACAGCAGUGAUUAUGCUGAAGGAAGUGAUAUAAUUAGGUUCUUGAAGCUUGAAAAUGAUGGGAAUUUGAGGAUUUAUAGCUCUGUUAAGGGAACUAAAACAAGCAUUGUAAGAUGGGUAGCUGUAAAAGAUCAAUGUCAAGUUUUUGGGUACUGUGGGAAUAUGGGUAUUUGUAGUUACAAUGAUUCAAAACCCAUUUGUAUAUGUCCUUCCAUGAAUUUCGAUCCGAUUGAUCCGAAAGAUAGUAGAAAAGGGUGUAAGAGAAAAAUGAAUAUAGAGGAUUGUCCUAAAAACGUAACCAUGUUGCAAUUAAACCACACAGAAUUCUUGACAUACCCUCCCGACAUCCCUUCGCAAAUUUUCUUCAUGUCUACAUCAACGUCUAGGUUGAAUUGCAUAACCAGUUCUCCUUGUAUUGCUGCCACCUCAUUGUCGGAUGGGACUGGGAGGAUUUACAUGAAAUUUCCAGGUUUUGUAAGCGGGUAUCGGUCACCUACACUACCUAGCACUUCGUUUCUCAAGGUUUGUGGACCCAUAAUACCGAGCCCUUCUGUUUCCUCGCCUAGGCGCAACGAUUGGAGGUUGCAUGCACGGAUUGUCCUCGUUGUGGUCAUAGGCACCGCCGUGGGUUUCAUUUUGUUAGAGGCCGGUUUGUGGUUGUGGUGUCGUCGUAGCAGUAGUAGCCCGAAAUUUGGGGGUUUUCCGGAUCAAUAUGCUUUUGUCGAGUAUGAAUCGAGUGCACCAGUUCAGUUCUCAUACAAAGAGCUCCAAUGCGCCACAAAAGGUUUCAAGGAGCAGCUAGGGAAAGGAGGAGGACUUGGGGCUGUUUACAAAGGUGUUAUUGCCAAUGGCACUGUUGUUGCAGUGAAGCUGCUUGAGGGGAUCGAGCAGGGAGAGAGACAGUUUAAGAUGGAGGUUGCAACUAUAAGUAGCACCCACCAUUUGAAUCUAGUAAGAUUGAUCGGAUUUUGCUCUACAGGACGUCACAGGCUUCUGGUAUACGAGUUCAUGAAAGAUAGGUCCCUCGACAUGUUCCUUUUCUCAUCAGAAGAAAAGUCGGGAAAGUUAUUGAGUUGGGAUUGUAGAUUUAACAUAGCUCGAGGCACUGCAAGGGGUAUCAAAUAUCUUCAUGAGGAGUGUCGAGAUUGCAUUGUGCACUGUGAUAUAAAGCCAGAAAACAUUCUCUUGGACGAGAACUUCAAUGCCAAAGUCUCAGAUUUUGGCCUAGCACGACUCAUUAAUCCUAGGAACCAUAGGUACCGAACGUUGACAAGUUUUAGAGGGAAUAUAGGAUAUUUGGCACCAGAAUGGGCUGCAAAUCUUCCAAUAACAUCAAAAGCUGAUGUUUACAGUUAUGGGAUAGUUUUGUUGGAGAUAGUGAGUGGGAGAAGGAAUUUCGAGUUCUCUUGGGCUUAUGAAGAGUUUGAGAGGGGAAAUGUGAUGGAAAUUGUUGACGCAAGGCUUGUCGAUGAUCAUAAGGCGGAUAUGGAGCAAGUGAUGAGGGCAAUUCAGGUAAGCUUUUGGUGCAUUCAAGGGGAACCGUCUAAGAGGCCAACUAUGGGGAGAGUGGUGCAGAUGUUAGAAAGGAUUGUUGAGAUUGAAAAGCCGCCUGCCCCUAAGGCGGUGGAGGAGAUGUCUGCUAUUGGAACCAUUGUGAAUGGGAGGAAUGUAGAGAGGGCAUCUUCAUCCCUUCUACGAUCCGAGCACAAGUGGAGCUCUGACUGUUAACCAUUGCCGAGAAGGGACGGUUGGCCAUUUUAGUUUUUUUUUUUUUUUUAAUUUUAUUUUAAUAGAUUAAAAUAUUUGUGUUUGAAAAGAAGAUUGAAUUUUUUUAUUGUUAGAUACAAUGUUUGUUAGAUAAAAAAAAAAUUAUAAAUUU